AUGGACCUCUACAAAGUAAACGCCAAUCAAAACUGGGUAAUAGAACAUUACGGCCACUGGAACCGUACACACGGGUUGCAAGUGAAACAUUUACCAGUCAAAGCAAUAAGGAGACUCAAUCUUAACGGCCAAGAGAUUCGAAUCGGCUGGGUCAUGGAAGACAACAGUACCCUCUACAAAUACUUAACUAGAGAAGAACCCCACAUUGAUGGAAUUACAAAGGCUUGUAUGGAGACAGCGGGGUUCUUGUUCCAUUUCCUCAACGCCAGUCAGAAAAACGUCAUUUUCAAGUCCUGGGGUACCCUGAAGAAUAAUACUUGGGACGGAAUGACAGGACAUCUGGCUAAAAGUGAAAUCGAUCUAGGAGGUACCCCAAUGUUUAUAGUACCGGAGCGCUUCUCCUUUGUCCAAUAUACCCUCUCCCCCGCCUACCUCCGCCCCGCGUUUGUGUUCAAACAACCUCCUUUGUCGUACACCACUAAUAUUUUCCUACUUUCCUUCCAAAAGUCCCUCUGGUAUGGUAUAGGUGUGUUGCUUGGAGUAAUAUUUGUGUUGCUAUGUAUUACAACUGUUUGGGAAUGGAAAAAAGUAAGUAAAUCUAAACGCAAAGAUAAUGACAUGUUACGGCCGAAAGCAUCAGACGUUGGGAUGUUGGUGGUCGGUGCUACUUGUCAGCAAGGAAGCCCUGUACAACUUAAAGGCAUUUCGGGACGCAUAGUCCUAAUACUCCUUUUCCUGGUGCUUACGUUUCUGUACACGUCGUUCUGUGCCAACAUCGUGGCGCUGCUACAGUCGAGUUCCGUACAAAUAAAGACGCUACAAGAUUUGCUCGACUCCAAACUGAAGUUCGGCGUCGAAAAAGCCGUUUGGGUUAAGCGGUAUUUUAUGAUGGAAACUGAGCCAGUCAGGAAAGCGUUGUAUGAGAAGAAAAUUGCACCUCGUGGUAAUAUACAGAACUUUGUAAGCUUGGAGCAAGGCGUAAUGGAAUUAAAAAAGGGUCAAUUCGUUUUCCACAUGAUCCUAGGCACCGGUUACAGAGCUAUCGGGAAGUAUCUGGAGGAGCACGAGAAGUGUAACCUCUACGAGAUCCCGUACUUGCGUCUAGUGGACCCUUACGUGGCCGUCAGGAAGGGCUCGCCCUACUUCGAAAUGUAUAAGAUUGGUUACGAGCGCAUUCAAGAACACGGGUUGCAGAACAAGUUGAAUAGGAUCAUGUUCACAAAGAAGCCCAAGUGCUCCGGACGCCAUGUUUCUUUCUUAAGUGUCAGUCUGGUGGACUGCGAGCCAGCGUUUCUGGUGCUGGCCUACGGGGCCCUCAUAGCCGUGCUUGUUGCUAUCUUUGAGAAUAUAUAUUUUAGGGUUAGAAAGUGUAAUCACAAAUGUAAUCACUUCUAG